UCACGCCCCGCCUGAGGGGGCCGAGACUGAGGCGGUUUCGCAGAGGGACGGGCGGCCCCGCCCUCAGUCCCUACCCUGUGAAAGACUGCGCUUUCCCUCCGAAGGGAGUUUGCCGCCGCAGCGGCCGCCACCAGACUCCAGUUUCCCUGCUAACCACGAGGAAUCUGGGGAGGAAAAGCGGAGCCAAGACGCCAGUAUCCCGCACCUCCCACGCCUCUUUCAGCUCGAGAUUGCCCCCACAGGGAUGGGCGUCAAGACCUGGCUGCCCUUCCCCGCGCUCCUCCUGGCCGCUCUGGCUCCGGGGCUGCUGCCUGGGGCGGUGGGCUUCACGCCCUCCUUAGACAGCGACUUCACCUUCACCCUCCCGGCCGGCCAGAAGGAAUGUUUCUACCAGCCCAUGCCCCUGAAGGCCUCGCUGGAGAUCGAGUACCAAGUUUUAGAUGGAGCAGGAUUAGAUAUUGAUUUCCAUCUUGUCUCUCCAGAAGGCAAAACCUUAGUUUUUGAACAAAGAAAAUCAGAUGGAGUUCACACGGUAGAGACUGAAGUUGGUGACUACAUGUUCUGCUUUGACAAUACAUUCAGCACCAUUUCUGAGAAGGUGAUUUUCUUUGAAUUAAUCCUGGAUAAUAUGGGAGAACAGGCACAAGAACAAGAAGAUUGGAAGAAAUAUAUUACUGGCACAGAUAUGUUGGAUAUGAAACUGGAAGACAUACUGGAAUCCAUCGACAGCAUCAAGUCUAGACUAAGCAAAAGUGGUCAUAUACAAACUCUGCUUAGAGCAUUUGAAGCUCGUGAUCGAAACAUACAAGAAAGCAACUUUGAUAGAGUCAACUUCUGGUCUAUGGUUAAUUUAGUGGUCAUGGUGGUGGUGUCAGCCGUUCAAGUGUAUAUGCUGAAGAGUCUGUUUGAAGACAAAAGGAAAAGUAGAACUUAAAACUGUAAAACUAGAGUUUUAACAUUGAAAAAAAGAGGCAUAACAAGGCAAUAAACUGUUAACAUUCUCUUUCAAAUUGUUUUCAGGCAUCAUAAAUAUCAUUUUAAUGUGAAAGGAAAACUGUUCACUUUGUGUGCCAAUAGUCUUACUGGUCCAGUUGUACUUAAGUGUGCAAAUGGAAUAUUUUGUACAAAGAGGUUUAAUUGAAAGAAACCAUAAUAACUACAUUUUCCUAAAUUUGAAAAUUUUACAAAUGUCAUAGAUGAUUUAAAUAAAUGAACAAUGGGACUAAACGCAACACCAGUCUGUGUUUAAAAGGCUGUCUUAUCUAAAACUUUCUUUGUAACUGUGGCAAUUACAAAUUGUAGAAGUUUUCAGUAUAUUAAGUUAUAAAUCAUCUGAGAAUUAUGGAUUGAAUAUAUCUUUAGA